AGCUAGCUAGCUUUCAAGAGCAGAGGCAAGCAGACUUCGGCGGAGAGCUAGAGGGGCCCGACUCAUGCAUGAUUUACAGAUAUAUGAGGAUCAUCUAGAAUUCAGGAAAUAAAUUCCAAUUCUUCAAGUCAUCAUGCCUGUAAUGUUACGACUUGCCCGGCAUGGAUGUACCAACAGGCCCUUCUAUCAUAUCGUAGCUAUUCACAAUAAGUUUGCAAGGAACAGCGGAAGAGCCUUGGAGCAGUUGGGCACCUACGAUCCCAUGCCCAAUAAUCAUAAUGAGAAACUGGUCAGUCUGAAUGUUGAACGGCUCAAGUAUUGGCUGGCAGUAGGAGCACAUCCCACACCACCAAUGUCACAUCUGUUAGGACUGUCUGGAUUGCUUCCAGUUCAUCCAAGGACCUAUGUCAUAGCAAGGAGAGCUAGACACAAGGCUGAUAUCAAAGAACAGACUGCUGAAGCAGAAGGCGAAGGAACAAGUUGAUAAGAUCUGAUUAACUUUGUCACUGAGAUGGAUGCUAUCAUGAACAGACUCGACACAUGGAUAAAGUGGUUGAUGAAUGUAACAUUUGAUUGAACAUGUCUGAUAGCGAGUUACACGUAUGUUUUGGAGCUUGAUUUCAUCAAAGCUACAUUUGGUGCAUCGAUCAAGGUUUUUUACUCUGGAACUUGGGUCUUCGUGAGAAGGUACAUAUCUUGUGCUAAUUCAGACACUGAUUUCUGAUCUAGUCUGUAUGAUCUUUUAACAUUAACAAUAAGUAAUUUUUUCCCCACAAUAUUUGAGAUGCAAUGUCUUAUAUCAGCAGUGGGAAGAUAUGACCAGACAGUGUGAGGAGGAUGGGGGUGGGGGCAAAAAUUUGUAAUGCCAGUUGGCACUAGUGAUCUACAUACUGUUGAUCUCAACUUCCAUAUUUCAAUUUCAUUGACCCAAGGUUUGGUACUAAAUGUUAAUUGUGUUGGUAAAGAAUUUUAGUUGUUGGGAACAUGACAAAAUUUAUUAUUGUUUCUAUUAUGCGAUCCGCAUUUAAUUUUCUACAUAAAUCAAUCAGAAUACCAGAUUUUAAUGUCAUGAUCCAAAAAGACCUCAAACUCUGUAUCAAAUAGUAACUUCCCCAAUGCUGCUUGGAUUACAGGUGCACACCACAAUGCCCAGUAGCAUUGUAAUGUUAUACUCAAAACAAUUCUUAAUUUAGAUCAGUUUGUAGUCUAUUAAUAGUUUUUUUUUUCACCUUUACACAUUGCCUUCAAUUAGAAGUUACCUGGCAGUGCAAGUGAAACAAAGGGGAAAAUAUCACAAAGCGAGCAUAGCUUGCUAGUUUUACCUUCUGCAUGCUAUAAAUCAAAUUAUUAGUUGCUUUGUUAGCUCAUUAAUCCACCUCCUGGUUUCUUAAAAAUCCUAAAAAACAUGAACACGUGAGAUAAUCUGUGCAGAGUAUGGAUAAUAUUAAUAUGAAAUGUUCAUAACCUUAUUAAAUGUAUGUGAAACUUUA